CAGAACCUUGCCCGUUCUGGCCCUUCCAGCGCUUUGGGUAGCAGAACAGAGUGCCCUGGAUGGGUGAAUGGAGAAUGGAGAGAACACCCUCUCGAUCAAUCCCGCGUGUGCCCGUGCCAGAGAUGGGUGCUAGCGAUGGCGCAAUCCACGCUUGCGGCUCCUGCUGUGCAAGCACGUUCCCAUCCAUCCACCCACGCGGAUAACUUGAUGACCGAUGACUGUUCCUGACCGUGGGUAGGGGGCCAUGCAUUGGAAGCCUCCUGCAUGCACUUAUAUUAUGAAGAGCCUUUUUUUUUUCUUUCUUUUCUGUUAUGAUUCCAGAAUUUCCAUGACUCCUUCAUUGAUCUUUUCCCGCCCUUCUGGAACAACCCCUCUGUUCCAACUCUAGCCCCAUUUGUGUUUCUGGUUUGACACAUUCGCUCUUGUCACUUACAGCCAGUCUUUUCCAUCUUUUCCACAGCACAUACCUUACCCAUCAUGCCGUCACACAUCAGCAUUGAGGGCGAGAAGCCAGUAUAUGAAAGAAUCACAUCUCAGCCUGAGAAUCCGUUCGCUACCCUCAUCCCGGACCAGCAAAUCGCCAUUAUUCCAUCCUUCACCCUCGAGUCUGGAGUGACUCUGCGCAAUGUACCUGUUGCCUACACCACGAGAGGCACUCUCAACCCGGAGGGCGACAAUGCCAUGGUCAUCUGCCACGCUCUCACUGGCAGCGCCGAUGUGAGCGACUGGUGGGGCCCUCUGCUGGGCCGGGCAGGGAGAGCCUUCGACGUAACUCGCUUCUUCAUCGUAUGCAUGAACAGCCUGGGGAGCCCAUACGGAACCGCCAGUCCCGUCACCGCCAAAGACGGAGAUGCCUCCAAGGGCAACUACGGACCAGAAUUUCCCCUCACCACCAUCAGGGAUGAUGUCAGGCUUCACAAGCUACUCCUAGAUGAAUUGGGCGUCAAGCAGGUGGCAGCCGUGAUCGGCGGCUCCCUCGGUGGCAUGUUUGUGUUGGAAUGGGCCUACCUAGGCAAGGAGUAUGUGCGGUGCGUCGUCCCCAUCGCCACCUCAAGCCGACACAGUGCCUGGGGCAUCAGCUGGGGGGAAGCCCAACGGCAGUCCAUCUACGCCGACCCCAAGUAUGAAGAUGGGUAUUAUUCCUAUGAGGACCCACCCGUCACCGGUCUCGGAGCCGCGCGCAUGGCCGCCUUGCUGACGUACCGGAGCCGAAACUCGUUCGAGGCACGAUUCGGCCGCAACACCCCGGAUCCCUCCAAGCGGCAGGCCAUCCGCGAGAGGCCGGACCCCACCACCCCGUCCGAAGCCCAUUUCCACAUACACAAUGACGGGCACAAGUGGAAGCGAUCCCCGCCCCGGACCAACAGCCAGAGCGAAAAUAUCCCGCUUUCGCCUUCUUCCAACAAUGGGAAAAGCAGGGCAGACAAGGCUGCAGAUGCGGAAGAGGCAGCCCCUGACCCUCAGUUUCACGGCCCAGCCAAGGAGAGCUUGACAGGAGGAGAGGUUAUGCCCGCGCAAUCCACUUACUUUUCCGCGCAGUCGUACCUCCGCUACCAGGGACAGAAGUUCGUCAAGCGCUUCGACAGCAACUGUUACAUCGCCAUGACCCGCAAGCUGGACACCCACGACGUGAGCCGCGACCGCGCCCCGACCGUUGCCGAGGCGCUGGCUUUGAUUCAGCAACCUACUCUUGUUUUGGGUAUCGAGAGCGACGGGUUGUUUACUUUUGCGGAGCAGGAAGAGCUGGCGGCACAUAUUCCUGAUGCGAGAUUGGAGAGGAUAGACAGCCCGGAGGGGCACGAUGCUUUCCUGUUGCAGUUUGAGCAGGUGAAUCGGUAUAUUCUUGGCUUUUUGAAGGAGGUGCUCCCAGAUAUUAUGGAGAAGGAUGUGGGUGAUCAGGGAGUGGAGGAGGAAGGGGUUGGAGUUGUGACCAAGAGCAGCACGUUUGGGGAGGCAGAGGUGGGGGAUAUCACUGCUUGGUAGGAGGAUAGAUGGGGGAAGGCAGUUUGAACUUUUCAACAAGGCAAUACAGCAUUGGAUUUGCGUACUUUGGCAUGUCUAUCUUGACCUGUGCUGCCAUUCUUUCCACUUGAUGUGAGGUUUGAGAUUCACUGCUGCCAGAACCCUAGUACCUUAUACCACAGGCAGAUGGACAUUUUCGCAACAACAACAACGGUUUUGCUAAACUUUUGUCGAUUCGAAGCUGUGCUAUAUCGUGGGUGGGAUGAUGCAGCAUGCAGGUGAACAGACACUUAAAACGUGGGG